AGAGGAGCGCUGUCCCGGAGCAGAGGUGUCCGCUGUCCCGGAGCAGAGGUGUCCGCUGUCCCGGAGCAGAGGUGUCCGCUGUCCCGGAGCAGAGCGGCAGGAUGCGGGCCUCGUGGCUGCGUCUGGCCGCUGUCCUCGCGCUGUUUACGGUGUCGCGCUCGGAGGUGAUCGAUGACGUCCUGAACAGCCUGGCGCGUGGAGCGGACUUCUUGGAGCGGCAGCACGACCACAUCAACCUGGACGGGGUGGUGGGGUACCUCAUGCUGCAGGCUGAGCUGAAGCAGGCCGUGCAGUCGUGGCCUCACUCAGACCCUGUGAGCUGGGCCCAGAGGAGCAGAGCCGUGGUUCUGAUCCGGAGACUGGAGCAGAGUUUGGAGCGAGCCGUGAACGCCGUGAAACAGAAUGACCCCAACUACUACAGAGAGUUUGAGCCUCUGCUUACCUGGUCCUUCUGGCUGGUCCCUGUGUCCUGGAGCUCCACUGACCCCAGCCUCGUCUACUCGUCCACGCUGAGCUCCGAGUGCUACGACGAGCAGCUGAGCGACAAGUGCCUAACCCUGCUGCUCGGGACAUGGAAGCAGAAUGGGACCCCGUGUAUCGUGACCAAACAGUGCCGAGACAUGAUGACGCGCUUCGGCUGCCCUUUUUACUCGCUCUCCCACCAGCUGCUCUACUUCAUGAUCGGACACAUGAAAGGCUGCAGUGACCUCCUGAAAGGCGACACUCGUCCUUCUCGUCUGAACAUGACGGAGCAGAGCUACCAGAGGAUCUUCUGCUCCAACAUGAUGAAGACCAACCAGGACCUGCUCACAGACGGACUGGGGGCCCUCAACGCAGACAUCUUCCUCGAGAACAUCCUGGUUUGUGGAUUGGCCGGUUUCUCAGAUUUCUACAAAGUUGAUUGGCUGCAGCACAUCCUUCGCCUUCAGGAUGUAGAAAUGGGCUGCUUCGGUCGAGACAGGAACGUGGUGUCUGAGCGCAUCGGGGAGGAGCUUCUGGAGCAGCUUCAGCCUCAUCACAGAGUCAAGAGGAGAGAGAAAGUUCUGCUCGACGGCUGUUCGAGUCACAUGACCGGGGUGGCUGUGGGGGCUCUGGGAGGAUACCUGAACUAUUACCUCACCGAGCAAGACAUCACCAAGAGACCGCUGUCCUGAACCAGGCCCGGGACUGGGACUAAAACGGGACUAAAACAGGUCCAAAUCAGGACUAAUGAAGACUAAACCAGACUAAAGCAAGCCUGAAAAUGGGAUUAACCAGGACUACACCAGGUCCAAACCAGGACUAAACCAGGUCUAAAUGUAAAUCUGUAAUAUUGCAGACUAAACCAGCCCUGAAACCAGGAUUAAAACAGGGCUAAACUAGGAUUUAACUUGGAGUAAACAAGGCCAUAAACUAGGACUAAACCAACUCUGCACCGGAACUAAACCAGGUCCAAACCAGGAUUAAACCAGGUCUAAACCCAAACUACAGAAGAAUCAAUUGGGCGCGUCACCAGGAUUAAACCAGGUCUAAAGCGAGGACUAGAGCUAUAAGGUUAUAGCCCAGGACUAGUUUAAGGAGCCUUGAAUUCAGAAUGUUUUUAUUU